CCUGCCUGGCCCGCCGGCGCCGGCCCGCCCCCUGCCGAGUGCGGGCGGGGGUCGCUGCAAGAUGGCGGGCGUGCGGGCCGUGCGCAUCAGCAUCGAGUCGGCGUGCGAGAAGCAGGUGCAGGAGGUGGGGCUGGAUGGCAGCGAGACCUACCUCCAGCCGCUCUCCAUGUCCCAGAACCUGGCGCGCCUGGCGCAGCGCAUCGACUUCAGCCAGGGCUCCGGCUCCGAGGAGGACGAGCCGGGCUCGGCGGGCCGCGCCUGGGCCGAGCCGGGCGACACGGAGGAUGAGGAAGGAUUGGUAAAGUUUCAGCCAUCCCUCUGGCCUUGGGAUUCAGUGAGGAACAACUUAAGAAGUGCUUUGACUGAGAUGUGUGUGUUGUACGACGUUCUUAGCAUUGUGAAGGAUAAAAAGUUCAUGACUCUAGAUCCAGUUGGGCAAGAUCCCCUUCCUCCAAAACAAAAUCCUCAGUUUCUACAGUUGAUUUCAAAAAAGAAGUCAUUAGCUGGAGCAGCUCAGAUCCUGUUGAAAGGUGCAGAAAGAUUAUCCAAAUCAGUUGCUGAAAAUCAGGAAAAUAAGCGACAAAGAGACUUCAACUCUGAACUGUUAAGACUGAGACAACACUGGAAGCUGAGAAAAGUGGGAGAUAAAAUUCUUGGAGAUCUGAGCUACAGAAGUGCAGGCUCCCUUUUUCUUCAUCAUGGCACAUUUGAGGUGAUAAAGAACACUGACAUUGACCUGGAUAAAAAGAUACCUGAGGAUUACUGCCCUUUGGAUGUUCAAAUUCCAAGUGAUUUAGAGGGAUCAGCAUACAUCAAGGUUUCUAUUCAAAAACAAGCACCAGACAUUGGUGACCUUGGGACAGUCAAUCUCUUUAAAAGACCCUUGCCAAAAUCAAAACCAGAUAUUGAUUUAUACUUUUCAGGUUCUGCACAUUGGCAGACAAAGUUGGAGACUGCACAGAAUGUUCUUCUAUGUAAAGAAAUUUUUGCCCAGCUGUCACGAGAAGCUGUUCAAAUUAAAUCACAGAUUCCUCACAUUGUAGUGAAAAAUCAGAUAAUCUCCCAGCCUUUCCCAGGUUUGCAGUUGUCUAUUUCUCUGUGUCACUCUUCCAAUGAUAAAAAGUCACAAAAGGCUGCUUCUGAAAAACAGAAUCCAGAGGAUCAUCUCUAUGUUUUGGAACAUAAUUUGCAUCAACUUAUCAGAGAGUGUCACAAGCAAACCUUGAGCUCGACAGUGAUGCCACAUCCAGCUAGUGCACCUUUUGGCCAUAAGAGAAUGAGACUUGCAGGGCCCCAGGCUUUUGAUAAAAAUGAAAUCAGUUCUUUACAGUCGAAUGAAGGCCUUCUGGAAAAGAUUAUAAAACAAGCAAAGCAUAUCUUUUUGAGACGAAGUAACCUCCUUGCUUCCUGUAAGCAAGAUAACAGCACAAAGUGCCUGGAUUAUUGUGUGUGGAAUAUGGCUUUAUCUUCUAGAACUGCUCGAACCAUUGACAGUCUGGCGAGUCGUAUUGAGGAUCCUCAGAUUCAAGCUCACUGGUCCAAUAUCAAUGAUGUUUAUGAAUCCAGUGUUAAAGUUCUAAUAACUUCUCAAGGAUAUGAGCAGAUAUGCAAAUCCAUUCAACUGCAGCUGAACAUUGGAGUUGAACAAAUCAGAGUUGUGCAUAGAGAUGGAAGAGUUAUUACAUUGUCCCAUCAAGAGCAAGAACUGCAGGAUUUCCUUUUAUCCCAGAUGUCACAGCACCAAGUACAUGCAGUUCAGCAGCUUGCAAAAGUUAUGGGAUGGCAUGUGCUGAGUUUCAGUAAUCAUGUUGGUCUGGGGCCGGUGGAGAGCAUUGGCAACGCAUCAGCAAUAACUGUAGCAUCACCAAACGGAGACUAUGCUAUUUCAGUACGUAACGGUCCAGAAAGCGGCAGCAAAGUCAUGGUUCAGUUUCCACGGAGUCAGUGCAAGGAUCUCCCCAAGGGCGAUGUCCUUCAGGACAGCAAGUGGAAUCAUCUCCGGGGGCCAUUCAAGGAAGUGCAGUGGAAUAAAAUGGAAGGGCGUAACUUUGUGUAUAAAAUGGAACUCCUCAUGGCUGCCCUAACUCCUUGCUAGUGAAGCGUCAGCCUCUCUCUGAGGGCUUAGAAGCGUCUCUGUGCAAUGAUAACUGCUAAUGCAGCAAAGGGAAAUGGGAGCUAUGGGCCAGUACAAGAAAGCAAAAUCAAAUUUAUUUCCUAUACAGAAAUAAAUACCUAUACAUUUUGGUAUUUGUAAUAAAACCUUUUUCAGUGGCAUAUAAAAUACUUACGAUUUUUUGUAAAAGUUCCUUUCAGCUGUAUCUUUGAAAACUGCUCUGUCCAGAGUGACAUAGAUGAGUAAUUAAUGUAUUUUUUGUUUAUAAGAUUAAAUUUGGUAGUCCUUGAGUUGAAGCAUUCUUGAGUUGGAAUUUGUUUGUACAUUGAUGAUGAUUCUGGGUGACACCUUUAUUUUUGAGAAAUAUGUUUACUUGGUAGUUGAACUUGAGAGUGUUGCUAAGUCAUUGCCUGUGGCAAAAGUCUUUCCUCUCUGAUGGCCUGUGUGAUGUCAGCUACUUUGCUUGUUUUUUGACCUCUUGUUUUCCAAGAAUAUAGAGGAAGGGGUCUUACUUGGCUUGCAAAUUCUGACAGUUUGAGUUUGUGGGUGACUUGUGGCUUAGUGACUGGAUAGAAGGAGGUAACUCCUGUAGUAAACCUCCACACUUGUGCAUCUGGAUCUUUCUCCUGCAUUCUCCAUUAUUCCCAUCCAGGGAAAUAAUAAUAUCUUUCCAAAUAUCAGCUCUUUUUAGUUUUUUAAAAUUAAAAAGUCACAUUUUUUACAGUUUUGGUUGCAAUUAUAACCCUCCUGAAACUUACAGUAUGGUGUUCGAUAAAGCUUUCAUUUUGUUUGGUACUUAAGUGCUAAGGGUCUUUUUGCAACUUGUCUGUGUGAACUGGUUCAUAUUCAUAUCUUAUGAAGUGUCUGUCCACAUGUAUAUAUAUGAACUUCUUGCACAUAAACGUGUUUGAAUUGAACAUCA